CUGUGUACGAGCGCGUCACAACCAUCCACCUCAAUCUGGCGGAGGUCAAGGGCCUGGGCGAUCAAGUGGACUCUACAAAUGCACUUCGUUUGUCUCAGUGCAUGGGCGGUUGCAGGUGCUCUGGUCCAGAGACGGCCCGUGAGUGGGAGAGUGGACGUGUGUUGCAUUCACCCGAGAUGUGUGGGGGGUGCAGUACCAUUCAUUACACGCAACUGCACGAGAACGUCAGUGUAUGUGUGCAAGGUAGGCGUAUCAUGUUGGCGAAGGAAUAA